GUCAUGUAGGUUGUUCUAGACUCUUCCAAACAACAACUCUGUAGAUACGUCAUGUUGAAGGUGUGCGAGUCUCACUGUUGUAAAAAUGUCCAGACGGGAUUGCUAGGUCAAAGGGCAAGUGGAUUUGUAAUUUUGUCCAUCUCAGUUGUUAGCGCAACACAGAAAACCUGAUGCCACCUCUCUGGAUCGUCCCGAACCGACUGUUUUCCCAGCUGUACUGUGGACUGAAGUCUCCAAUCUCCACACAAACCAAGAUUUGCCUAACAAUGGCUCGUCCAAGUUCAAAUAUGGCUGACUUCCGGAAGUGUUUUGCAACAGCCAAGCACAUAGUCGUCAUUUCUGGGGCUGGCAUCAGUGCUGAGAGUGGGGUUCCGACGUUCAGAGGAGAGGGAGGUUACUGGAGAAAAUGGAAAGCCCAGGACCUGGCCACGCCGCAGGCCUUUGCCCGGAACCCGUCCCAGGUGUGGGAGUUCUACCACUACCGGCGGGAGGUGGUGCAGAGCAAGGAGCCCAACGCUGGGCACCUGGCCAUUGCCGAGUGCCAGGCCCGGCUGCACAGGCAGGGUCGACAGGUGGUGGUCAUAACCCAGAACAUCGACGAGCUGCACCGCAAGGCUGGCACCAAGAACCUUCUGGAAAUCCAUGGCAGCUUAUUUAAGACUCGAUGCACCUCUUGUGGAGUUGUGGCUGAGAACUAUAAGAGUCCAAUUUGUCCGGCUUUAUCAGGCAAAGGGGCUCCAGACCCCCAAACUCAAGAUGCCGGAAUUCCAGUGGAGAAACUGCCCCGGUGUGAAGAGGCAGGAUGCGGGGGCCUGCUGCGACCUCACGUGGUGUGGUUUGGAGAAAACCUGGACCCUGCCAUCCUGGAGGAGGUGGACAAAGAGCUGGCCCUCUGUGACCUGUGUCUAGUGGUCGGGACUUCCUCCGUGGUCUAUCCCGCGGCAAUGUUUGCCCCCCAGGUGUCAGCCCGCGGCGUGCCGGUAGCCGAAUUCAACAUGGAAACCACCCCGGCCACCAACAGAUUCAGGUUUCAUUUCCAGGGGCCGUGUGGGACCACUCUUCCCGAAGCCCUCGCUCCUCAUGAAACUGAAACUGUUUCAUAGCCAUCCUGGGGAAGGAAGAAAUCUCAGUGCAUCUACGUACCAAGCCACCAGCAUGGGAGGCAGUCUUGUGGAUGGUGAGCCAAAUACUGGAAAGUCUGAAAAUAUCUUUUGAUUGCUGGGCUGGAAUCCAAACUGCUGAUGGUUGAUGGGGACUUGGAAGCAACAGUAGUUAUCGUGUUUAGAAGAAGUCACAGGACUUCUGAAGUCAGUUCCUGUUAUUUGGUUUGAUCCUGAACAUAAGUCUGAUGUGUUUGGUUGGUUACUGGGUAACUUUGUGAUUAGAUUGUCUAAAACAAAGUGAUUCUCCUGAUUGUGUUUCUGCUAUUCGGGCAAAGAUAGACAUAGAGGGGUACAACCCAGGUAUUUCUGAUUGUUGUGCAAGGUUUGGUGGGAAAUAAAAUCACUCCCUAUGCAGGUAAUUUAUUGUAUAAAAAUGUUAG